GUGUUAAUGUGCCGGUCGCCGUUGCUGCUGCCGCCGCCACCGCUUUAGCUGUGGGCAGAGCUGUUGCAGUUAGUUUAGUGCUGGAUACGCUUCCAGUCGCGCGGCUGCGCUGAGUUUCACGAGGUGCGUGCGGAGUUGAAUGUUGGUGCCGCGAUGAAACUCUUGUGAAUCGAAGGAAAAGAGAAAUAAACAGCAAAAUAACAGCCGCGUAUAACCUUCCGUCUACGUGGUCGACUCGCAACCUCUUGAAAGGUAGCGAGCCGACAACUGCGAGCUUGAGAAAUGGUCAUCGUUACUCGGGGCGAUUACAUUUGGAUCGAGCCGGUGUCAGGCAAAGAAUUUGAUGUUGCUAUCGGAGCACGCGUAAUUUCUGCCGAGGGCAGACGAAUUCAAGUCAAAGACGACGAUAACAAGGAACUAUGGUUAAGCCCGGAGAGAAGGAUAAAGGCGAUGCAUGCGACAUCGGUGCAAGGCGUCGAGGAUAUGAUCAGUUUGGGCGACCUCCACGAGGCUGGUAUCCUGAGGAACUUGCUCAUCCGGUAUAACGAGAAUCUCAUCUACACCUACACUGGCUCAAUUCUCGUGGCAGUCAAUCCAUAUCAGAUACUGCCGAUCUACACCGCGGAGCAAAUUAAAUUAUACAAGGAUCGAAAAAUCGGCGAAUUGCCACCACACAUUUUCGCCAUCGGUGAUAAUGCUUACGCUCAUAUGAAUCGUUAUGGCACCGACCAGUGCAUCGUCAUCAGCGGUGAAAGUGGAGCUGGAAAGACGGAGAGUACAAAACUAAUCCUACAGUAUUUGGCGGCUAUCAGCGGUAAACAUUCCUGGAUCGAACAGCAAAUCCUUGAAGCUAAUCCUAUUCUUGAAGCAUUCGGAAAUGCAAAAACAGUGAGAAACGACAACUCGUCGAGAUUCGGUAAGUACAUCGAUAUUCACUUCAACGAACACGGAGUGAUCGAGGGAGCGAAGAUAGAGCAGUAUCUCUUGGAAAAAUCUCGCCUCGUUACGCAAAUGCUGGACGAGCGGAAUUACCAUAUUUUUUAUUGUCUUCUCGCUGGCCUCACCAGGGAAGAGAAGUCCAAGCUCGAAUUAGAGGAUGCUUCAUCGUAUAAAUAUCUUACUGGGGGUGGAAGUAUAACGUGCGAAGGUAGGGACGACGCAGCAGAGUUCUCCGAUAUUCGAUCGGCAAUGAAGGUCUUGCUUUUCACCGACGGCGAGAUCUGGGAAAUUUUGAGAUUACUCGCGGCGAUAUUGCACAUCGGUAAUGUUAAAUACAAGGCAACUAUUAUAGAUAAUCUCGAUGCAACAGAAAUACCAGAGCAGACGAACGUCAAAAGGGUUGCACAAUUACUCGGUGUGCCCGUUCAAUCACUUGUCGAUGCUCUUACACGCCGAACGAUAUUUGCCAGUGGUGAGACUGUUGUAUCAACGCUGUCGAGGGACCAGUCAGUAGAUAUAAGGGAUGCGUUUGUCAAAGGCAUUUAUGGCAGAUUAUUUAUCCACAUAGUUAAGAAAAUCAACGAAGCCAUAUACCGACCGAAGAACACCUCGCGAUGUUCCAUCGGGGUGCUGGAUAUUUUCGGUUUUGAAAACUUCAAUCACAACAGUUUUGAGCAAUUUUGCAUCAAUUACGCCAACGAGAAUCUUCAGCAAUUCUUCGUACAGCACAUCUUUAAGCUCGAACAGGAGGAAUAUAAUCACGAGGGUAUCAAUUGGCAACACAUCGAGUUUGUUGACAAUCAGGAUGCAUUGGAUUUAAUUGCCGUCAAGCAAUUAAAUAUUAUGGCGUUGAUCGACGAGGAAUCUAAAUUUCCAAAGGGUACCGAUCAAACGAUGCUAGCGAAAAUGCACAAAACCCACGGAACUCAUCGCAAUUAUCUGAAGCCAAAGUCCGACAUUAAUACCUCGUUUGGUUUGAAUCACUUUGCCGGUGUUGUAUUCUACGACACUCGUAGCUUUCUAGAGAAGAACAGAGAUACAUUUAGCACUGAUCUUCUGCAGCUUAUUCAUAUUUCGUCCAACAAAUUCCUUCAGGCUUGUUUUGUCAAUGACAUCGGAAUGGGAUCGGAAACGAGAAAGAGAGCGCCAACGCUUUCAACUCAGUUUAAAAAGUCGUUGGACUGUCUGAUGAAAACUUUAGCUAAUUGCCAGCCUUUCUUCAUUAGGUGCAUUAAGCCGAACGAAUAUAAAAAGCCAAUGUUGUUUGAUAGAGGACUGUGUUGCCGUCAACUGCGGUACUCUGGAAUGAUGGAAACCAUUAGGAUACGAAGAGCUGGAUAUCCCAUUCGACAUUCCUUCCCAGAGUUUGUCGAAAGAUAUAGAUUUCUUAUUCCCGGUAUAGCUCCUGCGCACAAGACUGACUGCCGAUACGCGACAACAAAAAUCUGUCACCAAGUGCUCGGCAGAUCGGACUAUCAGCUCGGUCACACUAAAGUAUUCCUGAAAGAUGCGCACGACUUGUUCUUGGAGCAAGAACGUGACCGCGUGCUUACGCGUAAAAUACUCAUACUUCAAAAAAACAUCCGCGGCUGGGUAUACCGUCGGCGAUUCUUACGGAUGCGCGCGGCUGCAAUUAAAAUUCAAAAGAUCUGGCGCGGCCACGCGCAACGACAGCGUUACAAGCGUAUGCGUGUCGGUUACAUGAGGUUACAGGCGCUCAUCAGGUCAAGGGUAUUAGCACAUAGGUUCAGGCACCUGAGAGGUCAUAUUGUCGGAUUGCAAGCGAGAGCCAGGGGAUAUUUAGUCAGACGAGCGUACAGAAAAAAGAUAUGGGCAAUUAUUAAGAUUCAAGCUCACGUAAGACGAAUGAUCGCGCAGAGGAGAUACAAGAAGUUGAAGUACGAAUACAGAUUGCAUCUAGAAGCCUUGAGAUUGAGAAAAAAGGAGGAGAAAGAGCUGAAGGAUCAGGGUAAUAAGAGAGCCAAAGAAAUCGCCGAUCAACACUUCAGGGAACGUAUGCAAGAACUGGAGAGAAAAGAAAUUGAAAUGGAAAUGGAAGAUCGUCGUAGAAUGGAGAUCAAGAAGAACUUGAUUAACGAUGCCGCGAAAAAACAAGACGAACCUGUAGACGACAGUAAACUUGUCGAAGCGAUGUUUGACUUUUUGCCGGACUCCAGUAGUGAAGCUCCUACUCCUGCCAGGGAAACCUCAGUGUUUAACGAUCUACCAGCGCCAAAAGCCGAUCAGCAGGAAAUAAUUAGUCCCAUGCAGACAGCUUCUGAGGACGAGGAAGAUUUAUCAGAAUUCAAAUUUCAGAAAUUCGCCGCAACCUAUUUUCAAGGUAACAUUACGCACACUUACUCGAGGAAACCGUUGAAACAUCCGUUAUUGCCGUUGCAUACGCAAGGAGAUCAAUUGGCUGCGCAAGCAUUGUGGAUUACCAUUCUGAGGUUCACUGGUGAUUUGCCCGAGCCAAGAUUCCACACGAUGGAUCGUGACACCACUUCGGUCAUGUCCAAAGUUACGGCUACACUUGGCAGAAAUUUCAUCAGGAGCAAAGAGUUUCAAGAAGCACAAAUGAUGGGAAUGGAUCCCGAAUCAUAUCUUAAACAAAAACCACGAUCGAUCCGCCACAAAUUAGUCUCGCUGACGCUGAAACGUAAAAAUAAACUCGGCGAAGAUGUGCGGCGAAGAUUGCAAGAUGACGAGUACACAGCCGACAGUUAUCAAUCAUGGUUGGAAGCUCGACCUACUUCGAAUCUCGAGAAACUUCACUUCAUCAUUGGUCACGGUAUCUUGCGUGCAGAAUUACGCGAUGAAAUUUAUUGUCAGAUCUGCAAGCAACUAACGAACAAUCAAUCGAAAUCUUCGCACGCACGUGGUUGGAUCUUGUUGUCUCUAUGUGUUGGUUGCUUUGCGCCGUCGGAAAAAUUCGUCAACUAUCUACGAGCCUUCAUACGCGAAGGUCCACCAGGAUACGCACCGUACUGCGAAGAUCGCCUGAAGCGCACAUUCAAGAACGGCACGAGAAACCAACCACCCAGCUGGCUAGAACUUCAAGCUACCAAAUCAAAGAAACCUAUUAUGCUACCCAUCACUUUCAUGGAUGGUAAUACCAAGACACUUUUGGCCGACUCUGCUACAACGGCAAGAGAACUGUGCAAUCAGCUUUCCGACAAGAUCUCUUUGCGCGAUCAAUUUGGCUUCUCGUUGUACAUCGCUCUAUUCGAUAAAGUGUCGUCGCUCGGCAGCGGCGGCGACCACGUCAUGGACGCAAUUUCUCAGUGUGAGCAAUACGCGAAAGAACAGGGUGCUCAGGAAAGGAAUGCACCGUGGCGAUUGUUCUUCCGUAAAGAAAUUUUCGCACCGUGGCAUGAGCCGACCGAGGAUCAAGUGGCGACGAAUCUCAUUUACCAACAAGUGGUGCGAGGCGUCAAGUUCGGCGAGUAUCGCUGUGAUAAAGAGGAGGAUCUUGCCAUGAUUGCCGCACAGCAAUAUUUCAUCGAGUACGGCACAGAUAUGAAUGUCGAGCGAUUGUUUACACUCCUGCCUAAUUAUAUUCCGGAUUAUUGCUUGACUGACGUGGAUAAGGCUAUCGAGAGGUGGGGUCAUCUCGUGCUACAGGGAUACAAGAAGAGCUACUAUGUUAAAGAAAAAGUACCUGCGCUUCGAGUUAAAGAAGAUAUUGUCGGUUAUGCGAAAUUCAAGUGGCCGUUGCUUUUCUCUCGGUUCUAUGAAGCUUAUAGAAAUUCAGGACCGAAUCUCCCUAAAAAUGAUGUUAUCAUCGCUGUCAAUUGGACCGGUGUUUACGUUGUCGACGAUCAAGAGCAAGUUUUGUUGGAGCUGUCAUUUCCCGAAAUUACCACCGUAUCUAGUCAAAAAACAAACAAAAUGUUUACGCAAACCUUCAGCUUGUCAACCGUGCGCGGCGAAGAAUUUACAUUCCAAAGUCCAAGUGCCGAAGACAUUCGCGACUUGGUGGUUUAUUUUCUCGAGGGUCUGAAGAAACGUAGCAAAUUCGCGAUCGCUCUGCAAGAUUACAAAGGCUCGAACGAGAACUCGUCGUUCUUGAAUUUUCAAAAAGGCGAUCUCAUCACGCUCGAAGAUGACGGUAACGAGGAAGGUAGUCCGUACAACUCUGGCUGGUGCGUCGGCAUCUGUGAGAGAACCGGCGAGAAAGGCGACUUUCCCGCUGAAACAGUUUAUGUAUUGCCUACCUUAACGAAACCACCGAACGAGAUACUAUCGUUGUUCAGUGUUAAUGGCAACGAGAAUGGCAGGAGACUAAACCCACAGCAGAUGAAUGGAGUGGAAACUCGAGACAAGCCGCAUACUUUGAUGGAGUACGCUAUCGAUCAUUUCCGUCCACCUCCAAAGAAGACAAUGUCGAAAGCACUAACGCUGACGGCAGCUCGUCGUGGCCAUCCCGAUGAACUUUGGCGUCACUCGCGUGAACCUCUGAAGCAACCUCUGCUUCGAAAAUUAGUUUCUAAGGAUGAAUUGGCCGAUGAAGCUUGCUUCGCUUUCAAUGCGAUUCUCAAAUAUAUGGGUGAUAUGCCAACGAAGAGGCAACGUUUGGGCAAUGAGUAUACUGAUUUGAUUUUUGAUGGACCAUUGAAAAAUGAGAUCUUACGAGAUGAGAUUUACUGUCAGAUUAUGAAACAGCUGACGGAUAAUAGAAAUCGACUGAGCGAGGAAAGAGGUUGGGAGUUGAUGUGGCUUGCGACAGGACUUUUUACGUGUAGUCAAAGUUUAUUAAAAGAACUGACGUUAUUUUUGCGUACACGACGGCAUCGGAUAUCACAAGAUUCUCUACAGAGGCUACAAAAAACUUUGAGAAAUGGUCAACGUAAAUAUCCACCACAUCAAGUCGAAGUCGAGGCAAUCCAGCAUAAAACGACACAGAUAUUCCACAAAGUUUAUUUCCCUGAUGAUUCCGAUGAGGCAUUCGAAGUUGAUUCCUCCACGAGAGCUAAAGAUUUUUGCCAAAAUAUUGCUCAAAGACUGAAUUUACGCUCUUCCGAGGGAUUCAGUUUGUUUGUUAAAAUCGCUGACAAAGUUAUUUCAGUACCCGAAGGAGACUUUUUCUUUGACUUUGUUCGGCACUUGACUGAUUGGAUGAGAAAAGCUCAUCCAACGAGAGACGGUUUGUCUCCUCAAUUCACGUACCAAGUAUUCUUUAUGAAGAAGUUGUGGACAAAUACUGUACCUGGUAAAGAUAGAAAUGCGGAUCUGAUAUUCCACUUCCACCAAGAAUUGCCAAAAUUAUUACGAGGAUAUCACAAGUGUACGAAAGAAGAAGCCUCACGACUAGCUGCCUUAGUUUAUCGUGUACGAUUUGGCGAGAAUAAGCAGGAACUUCAAUCAAUCCCCCAAAUGCUGCGAGAACUCAUUCCCGGUGAUUUAGUGAAAACUCAGAGCUCAAACGAAUGGAAACGUUCGAUAAUCGCAGCAUACAAUCACGAUGCAGGUAUGAGUCCUGAAGAUGCCAAAGUCACGUUCCUGAAAAUCGUCUACCGAUGGCCCACAUUUGGCUCGGCCUUUUUCGAAGUGAAACAAAGCACUGAACCCGACUACCCUGAGCUACUUCUAAUUGCUAUAAAUAAACACGGUGUCAGUCUCAUUCAUCCACAAUCGAAAGAUAUUUUGGUGACUCAUCCUUUUACGAGAAUCUCCAACUGGUCUUCCGGCAAUACGUACUUCCAUAUGACGAUAGGCAAUUUAGUCCGAGGAUCGAAACUUUUGUGCGAGACAUCUCUUGGAUAUAAAAUGGAUGAUCUACUGACCUCUUAUAUCUCACUCAUGCUCGUUAAUAUGAAUAAGCAGCGCAACACGCUACGGAUAAAGUAAAUGAAGCUUGUAGGUAAUGAUUUGAUUUGAAACUUGCAUAGUGAAAUGAUACCUCACGUGACACAAUUGUGGAUUGUGAGGUAACAAUUUCACGUUGAAAUAAUUGAACGUUGAGUCUUUGUGCUCGAGAAAUGAUAAUGCCUUUUUUAUUGUCAAAGAAUUGGAUAUUAACCUGCGAUUAAAUUGUUAAAGAAUUGUAAAAAAGUGUUAUAUUUGUCAAUUUAUACUAACUACACUUUAAGUUAAUAAUCAAGAUUUUUUGUAUGUAAUAAAUUUUAUAAAUGAGUAUUUUAGAAUGAGAGAGGUUUUUUUACAAAGAGACGAGUAUUUAUAUAUUAAAAUAAUUGUACAUAAAGGCAAUAAAGGAUUUCAAAUAAAUUGACGU